AUUAGUGGACCCUGAGGUUAUAGCGCAUAAUGGUUGCGUUAAGGAGAUGCAUUAUGGCACUAUUUUAAGACGCAGCGGAUGCAUACUGAAGUGUGUGUUUGAUACCUGAGCGUCGCGUCAUAGAUUAUGUAGUGUGGCAUCGCUAGGAGGGUCACGUAGUCGCUGCUGUGUGGGGAAGGAGCUACUGGUGGAGAGGGAACAACUUACCUGCUGCCAUGGCGAUGUAUGUGAUGGACUCUUCAUUCAAGAGAGCCCAGCUGGAAAGGAAAGGCUCCCUGUACCUGCGCUCAGACCACAUGCACUAUGAUAAGCCCACCCUGGUGUCAGGCUGGCAUGAGGAGCGUGAGACUGAACCUAAAGAUUACGAUGUGAACAAAUCUCCUCUAUGCAAAGGAAAUUUCCGUCACUCUACCUAUAGAAGAUUUGGAACUUCAGAUAUUAAAGACUGGAAUACUACAACUGAGGAGCAGUUGUCCCAGAUUUAUCUAAAAAAUGACUAUGAACUCAGAGAUGUCCCCAAAAAAAUGGUCAAUGAGGAUAACAUUGAUACACUCAAUGUUGAACGGCAGACUGGGCUUCCAGCGACUGGAUUCAGAGCUGUGUUGCCGCACCAUACUGAAGAUCAUAGGAAAAUGCUUGAUGGUACAACAUAUACUAUUGACUACAAACUCCAUUACCAGUAUACACCUUCUAAAAUUCCAGACAUUCCAGAUUAUUCUUCAGCCUACAAGAAAUGUCAUUCACAGUUUACAGACACAGCAGACUACAGGAGACAUGGUAGAAAUACCUGGCAAGAUGAAAGUGGAAUAUAUGGCAAUAAUAAAAUGAAACAUCAGGUGUUUAAACCAACCUGCCCUAUUACACCACAUCUGUGAAGAUAAAAUCUGAUACAAUUUGGCAUGUAUCUGCAUAUCUGUCAUUUUAUCUCAUUCUAAAAUUUUAACAGCAUUGCAUAUAAUCUUGGCCUAUAUUAAAGAGGAGUACAGUAUUCUGAGGAGACAGAAUGGAAAAACUGGAAGGCCUACAUUUGAUGAAUUACACAAGCAAAUAAAUUUAAAUAAUGAGGACAA